UUGCUAUCCAAGAUAGCUUCUACCGAGAUGGCUUCUCACGAGAUCUCUGCCAACGAGAUGGCUGGUAACGAGAUGGUUGCUAACGACAUGGCUACCAACGAGAUGGCUUCUCACGAGAUGGUUGCUAACGACAUGGCUUCUACCAACAUCGCUACCGCCAACUUGACUGUCAACGACACGGCUAUCACCAACAUCGCUACCACCAACAUGGCUGCUAACGGUAUGGCUUCCGACAACAUGGCUUCCAACAACAUGGCUACCAACAACGCCCAGGCCUCCUCUCAAGGCCCCUUUCUCCCCAACGAGAUCUGGGCUGAGAUCAUCGAGCAAAUCCCAGUCCGGAAGCGCACAAUCGGAGUCGCCCCCGACCUCGACAACCGCGCCCUCCGUCCUCCCGUCCCGGCCAUUGCCCACGUCAACCGCCAGAUCCGCCGCGUCUUUCAGUCCACGUACGCGACCAUCCGCGUCUCUACCCCUCAGCCCACCCGCGGCAUCCUCUCCAUCAACACGUACAUCAGCCCUCACCAUGACACCAUGACCCUGGGCUACGACACCAACGAGCUCAACACUCUGGUCGACCUCAUCAAGGCCCCUCUCAACCCCGUCCUUGUCAACAACCUCAAGCAGGUCUGGCUUGCCGACCUCAACAUCCCCCGCUCGGCCGGCUACUUCGGUAUCGACCCUGCCAUUGCCAACCGCCCCGUCGACGACAUCGACCGCUUCCCCCUGACUGACCUCAUCUACAAGAAUCUCGAGGUCAUCACCCUGUCCAGCGAGAAGUACGACUGGGAUCUCAAGGACGAGGAGUCGACCGCCUACGGCUUCGACAUCGUCUACCAUGUUCAGACCGGCCUGGUCUUCAUGAACCCGAUCCGCGAUUCCCAGGAGGGCGACUGGCUCAACGCCCGCUCCGGCAAGAAGCACUUCAACGAUGAGGAGAGCUUCCUCACCCGCAUCAAGAUCGACCGCUCUGACAAUCUCGCGGAGCUGCUCAAGCAUGAGUCCUUCGAGGCCGUCAUCAAGCAGAAGGGCCACAAGGUCUCUGACGCUGAUGACGACCCCGUGGCCGAUAUCGAGGAGGCUCCCGACGUGUGGUGCUACAACUGGCAGGUCUGCGUCGACUACAUCAAGCUCCGCCUGACCUGA